CAAUAAUUAUGAAUAGGCAUGACUGCGUGAACUAAAACAUAAAUGGGGGCGUGAUCACUGAGUUCAUUGGAGACGAGCCCUCAUACGACGUCACUGUGGCAUCGUUUCUAACUGACAGUUUUCUCUGCCUUAGAAAUAGAAUUAAAACUUGUAAUUUGGGGGAUGUACAUGUAUUAAUUAAAUAAGAAACUUGAAGUGCUUCUUUCAUGCCAGUCACUAUACUUUCGAACAACACAAAUUUCCUUCUAGAUACAUUGAAUGGUUCAACAUGCCGGUCCCUAGCAGAGAGGAUCUAGCCCAAGCUGAGCCUGAAAUGGCUAGGAGGGCUUUCCGAUCAGGAGCAUACUUCAAGGAAAGUACCUCCGGAAUGUGCCAAGGUCGAAUACAAACCAAUAUGUUGGCACUGGAAAAGUCACUGGCUGAGGACUAUGGCAAGUUCUGUGCUGCCAACGCAGGGCCUCUUCCUGUUCUCUUUCAGUCCGAGGUUGGCCAGUUCACUGCUCCAGGCCUCAGUCAAACUGAUUCUGAUAUCAGGACAGAUCUGGCAACCUACAACAUCAUUGAAAAUGGGGAGGUAACGCACAGCGUCAAAAACAUCAUGGGAUUCAAGGAUUUCCUCAAAGACUAUGUCUUCUUCUACCAAGGGUGCAGCUUCUCCUUUGACCAAGCUCUGCUGGCUGCAAGUGUGCCCCUGCGAUACCUGGAACAGAAUUCCCGCAUCAGUGUAUUUAGGACAAGUGUGAAGUGCCAUCCUGUUGGGCCGUUCAAAUGCCACAUGGUGGUAUCAUUGAGACCCAUCCCACGUGAUCUAGUGGAGACUGCAGUUAGAGUGACCCACCCUUUGACCAGUUACCAUGGCGCACCUGUCCACAUAGGCGAUCCAGCAUUGAUCGGGAUAGCGGACAUCAACAAGCCGGACUACCUUGAUCCUAUGAAAUUUCAGGAGGGAGACAUCCCUGUCUUUUGGGCGUGUGGCGUAACUGUAGUGGAAUCUGUCAAAUCUGCCAAGCCUUCUCUUGCAUUCAGCCAUUACCCGGGGAGCAUGUACAUCUCAGACACACCAAUUCAGAGCCAAGAUGACUCCCCAGCUGACAUCAAAGUGGUCACACUCAGUGAGAAGCCCUACUGGGCCAGUGUUACAUCUCAGGCUGUGGUGGACAAAAUCAAGCAGCUCGAGGGUUUCAUUGCCGAGGACUUGGGCAACAGGCAGAUUGGCAACCUUGUUGUCCCUGAUGAUCUCUUGAAGUCAGUCCUGGCACUUUCCCACGCCUCAUCUGUUGCCGUGACAACAGGCUUCCCUUGCUUCCUGAAUAACAAGAACCCCUAUGAGGAUGAUGGACCUCCGGGUGCCAUUGCCAUAGCAAUGAUGCUGCAGGCAUUAGGCAAGAAGGUAGACUUGGUGGUGGACAAGGCGCUAUAUGAUCCCCUGACUACGGUCUUGGAAGCACUGGUGGAGCAAAAGGUUUUGGUGAGGUCCAUAUCCGUGGUUCAGUUCCCACCAGAAGGGGAGGAAGACAGCCUAGAGACAGCCAAGAAGUUCCUGCUGAAGGAAGGUAGCAACACCCCACGCUAUGACCACCUGCUUGCCAUUGAGAGGUCAGGAAAGGCUGAGGAUGGAGGGUACUAUACCAUGAAAGCCAUUGAUGUAGGUCGCCUUGUCGGUGGCAUUGAUUGGCUGUUCCUGGCAGCUGCUGAUCUACCAACGGUUCACACAUCAGGUAUUGGAGACGGCGGCAAUGAGCUCGGAAUGGGCAAAGUUAGAGAUAUCGUCCACCGUGACAUCCCUCGAGGUCCAACCAUUGCGUGCUCUGUUGCCUCUGACUUCCUGCUAACUGCUGGGGUAUCUAACUGGGGAGGCUAUGCCGUCGCAGUGGGCUUGUACCUGGUCAGCGUCUGCCCCAUCCAUGAGAGGUACAAGAGAAGGGCAGUUGGGUUCCCACCAAGUGAUGAAGAUCGUCAACGGUUCAGAAGUGCACUACCUAAUGUUGAAAGGGAGAGAGAGAUGCUUGGCAUCCUGAUCAGCCACGAGUUCUUUGACAUGACUGGAACGGACGUGUUGCACGUUGAUGGCCUGUCCUUUGAAGAUGUCCAUGCCAAGAAGAUAGAGCAACUCCUCAGCGUCAUUGGGGAAGAGUAGAAGAAAUGCUAUGAAUCGCGUACAUGCAGGCAUGCAUGAGUGUCAAGGCAGUUGAGGUUCACUUGUAGUGCACAAAUGGAUUUCAAAAGGUGACUUUGGAAACUCGGUGAAUAAAAAAUUAACAGCCCUGGAACUGAUGCUUGGAAUUGUAACUACACUUCAAUUAUCAAGUUGAAGACUUUGCCAAGUUAAUGUUCUGUAUCAGUCACCAAUAUGCGAACGGCAACAAUGUUGAGCAUGAAAUGGAAAAACUGAUUUAACUGUUUGGAUAUUAAAGGUACAGUCCAUCAUUUCCCAUUACAUGUAUCUAAAUCUAACCAAUGAAAUUAUUGUUGAAAAGCAACCUUGGUGAAAGGUAAUUAUUGGAUGAAACUGCCUGUUGAAUUAUUUUUUCCCUGGCAGGCCGAUUGUGGCAGUUUGAAGAAAGCCAUGAAAGAAGGCCAUUUCCAAUGAUGUGUCUAAAGAUACAUUUUUGGAAAUUGCCAUUAGGAGCAUUCACAAGCGUUGACACAAUGCGAGUGUGGUUUCAUUUCAUUUAUUAAAAUUCGCAUUAAAAAAGAAAACUGUUAUCCCAGUCAAUAAGAAACACAGAAUAUCAAAAAUCCAUAGCCAGAAGUCAUGGUUAGACCACUGAAUUAAAAAUAUAGAAAAUACAAUAAAAAAUAGACUAGAAUACCCUAAAUUAGGUUCCCCUAAUUUGUCAGUCUACUGCAUGACAUUGCAUAGCUGCAUUUGACUGAACAAGAGAGCAUAUCUCUGAUGUUGAAUUCAGGCACAAUUCAAAACAAGACUCAGCAAGGUUUUAUCUGAAACGGAAAUCCUAGAAUAAUUUUCUCGUAAUAUAUGUACAUGUACACACAUUCACUGAGCUGAAACAUCAUCAGGUUUGUUCCUAGGCACCCUUUAGAUUUUAAGUACUUUUGUUGUUUCAAAAGAAAUAAAUCACAAAUGAUGGACUGUACCUUCAAGAAACCAUUCCAUGAUUUCUUUUCUCUCACUUUCUUUGUAUCUGACAAAUGGAGUGAGAGAGGUUUAGCUUACUGCUUACACUGAAGUUUUUUCAUUUCACUGAUGCUUUUUUAGUCACACUAAAAGUCAUCUGAAAUAUUCUUGAGAAAGAGUUGUGUAAUCUUGCAUGGGUGGUUAUUGAGAGUUUUUAAACAAAUAAUGGUGUAUUUGAUUCAUGUUUUGCGUAGAGAGAGAUAAAUAUGAACUAAUUUUGGUAUCUACAUUUUCAUGUAAUGUGUACAUCUGCAAUGUCUCCGGCUUAAACGAUUGCAGCUCCACCAAAGAGUGUAAACUAAUGGUUGAAUAACUUUUUAAAGGUAAUAUUUUUACCAUUCCAAAGUAUUCCAGUCUUCCAUGAUAUAAAUACUAUAUGAUUGAUUCUUUUAUGUAAAGAGCAUCCAUUUGUUAUUAAUUACAUACAUACAUAUAUUAAUGACGACCGAUCAGUUCUCUCUGUAUUUUGGCAGUAGAAUCGGUUAUUAUAUCCACCCGAGGCCAGUUUUCGUGGGAAUAAGGCUUGUUCUUUAAUUUGAAACAAACAAACAAACAAACAAACAAACAAACAAAUAAAUGCAAGAUAUCAA